AAUAAGUAAUAUUAUUUAGUCAGUGCGCUCCAGUGGUUGUGCGAUCCUGUAGUUGGUUAUAUAUUAUAUUUAAAAAAUAUACAAAAUUUCUAUCCAGUUUGGCAGUUGUAGUAUUGAAAUUUAUAAGGUCAAUAGGUUUUUUUUAUUCAUAAUGUCUUUCGCUGCUCUCCAGCUAAAGAUUUGUGUUGUUUUUACUUGUUUUUCAUUAAUUGCCAAUACAUUUGCUGAUCGUUCAUUGGAUGGCUCGACGAGUGAAAUAAAUGAAUUCAACGUUGACGACAUCUCCAAAGGUGUUUAUAGCUUUAGAUUUAUAACUCCAGACAACAUACAAAGACAAGAAAAUGGAUAUCUCGAUGAUGAAGGGAAUUUAGUCAUGGACGGUCACUAUUCCUAUACAGACCCUGACGGAAAAGAGCAUUAUGUGUCUUAUCACGCAGACAAAAACGGUUACCGUACAAUCAAAAUACCUGAACCAUCCAUAGUUGUGGCUGCCUCAAUUGAUCCUAAUAUCGUAGCGUCGUUGCUUGGUUAACGAGAGUGCGAAAAUGUUGGCUCAUCAAUCGCAGUUUCCUGUACGGAUUUUUGGAUUAUUACGUCAUAAUUCAUGUUAAUUAAUAUACAUGUGUUAUAUAUUGUUACAUUAUAUAGUAUAUUACUAAAUAUAAUAAAGAAAAUAUAACUAGGUACAGAAUAUUAUAAAACCGUUCAUAAGAAUUGCAACUAAUAUAUUAAAUACUAGCUUUUCCUCGCAGCUCCGUCCGCGCGAAAAAGUUUUCUACGAUAAAUGUCCCGCUACUUAUUGCUCCCGGAUGAAAUAGGCCCUAUAUUGUAAGACAGACUACCAAAGUAUUUUUUGCCCAUGCCCUCGAUUUUGUUCAAUGCAAGGAAAAGAAAGCCUGAGGGUCUCCAAGUAUUCUAAUUAAUAUUAUUAUGAAUGUGAAUUUGUUUAUUUGUUACGCCUUCGCAUCUUUACUGCUCUAAACAUGAAAUUUUGGAAACUCGAUGUCAGAGACACAUAAGGUGACUUUCAUUCAGUAUAAAGUGCUGUACCCGAGGGCAAGACAUUAAUUGCCAUGCUAUCCAGAUAGGCGCACCUCCCACCUUGAAAAGUAAGAAGUUAGACUUUUAGCCAGUAGUUCCAGGCAGUAGCUUUGGUACGUACUAAAAUACUGACAGGCAAAUAAAAAUUCGAAAAUUAUCGUUUUGGCUUCUGCUUCUCCAAUAAAGACCCCCCAUAACAGUUGAUCUUAAAUAUCUGUAAUGCAAAGGCAUCGGCCUAUUACAAUUGUAUUAUAUUAUAGUAAAUGAAGGGCUGAAGGAAGUUUCGUGGUGAGUUUAAGAUUUGAUAAAUUCAUAAAAAUAAACUACUGAAUUUGUGGA